CUGACAUCACGGACAGGGUGGGAGAACUGCAAAAAAUUCAUACGAUGUAUUAGAGUGCGUGUUACCGUGUAAUCAAUGGUAAGAAUAACGCACGACAGCUGCAAUCAGACGUUCUAUAAUAUUAUUGAAAAAAAUGGGUCGAACUGUGUACGCGGAAGAGCGUCUGCACACGUACCUGACAUCGUUAGCAAAACCUGAUGAAUAUACAAUAGGACUAAUUUUGGGACAGAGUGCUGGUCAAAAAGACUAUAUUGUACACUUAGCAAAAACACCACCUCCGGUUGCUAAGAAUGUAGUAGAAGAAACAUUGAUCAGUUCUACGGCAAAUGUUCAGCAAGAAACUGCUGUAAGAUACAUUAAAUCAGUGAGAGAUAUACCUGAAAGCUGGGUGGCAGAUCAUGCUAAACACGUUACCAGAAUGUUGCCUGGUGGAAUGCGAGUUCUUGGUGCGUUUAUUGUUGGUCCUGAUGAUACUAUGAAUGAUAAUACAAAUGUACACAAAAUUAAAUCUAUUCUUAUGGCCAUUCAGAAAAAUUUAACACAAAAUAGAUACCUUUGCGGAAACAAUGAAGAGCAUCUAAUUUUAAGCUUAAGUAGCAUUACACAAAAAUAUAUUUGUAAAUCUGUAGAAACGAAUAAAACUGGAAUGUUGAAGCCAGCAGAAUGGAAGUUUCAAGAAAAAGCUACCAAAUGGCAUCAACUCGAAACUAUCGUAGAUUUUGAUCGCUUAUUUCUCAUUGCUGCUGAUAAAGAUCCUGAAACUCUUAAAAAGCAACUACAGAAUAUAUUAAACAGUAUAUCAUCUACCAUCGAGUCUUCUUUGACCGUUAUCGAAGGAGAAGUACGGUCUCCGGAUGAUGCGUUGGAAGUAAUUAACAAAAGUAAAAAAGAUGAAAAAGGUUGUAAAAAUAAUGAAAAUAGUAGUAACGAUAAAUCGAUUCAGAUUAACUUGUACGUUCCGUGUCAAAACGAAAAUACUAGCUCGGAUGUGAGGAUAACAUCGUGUAAUGCGUCAAUACGUUUAGUUGGACAGUUAGCGAGUAGAACCUUCGUUCAUCAGAAAGCAAACAUUGAAGAAGCUAAUGUAGCAAUAAAACAAGAUAUAAUAAGAUCGCUAGCAAGUAGAUUAGAAAUGCAUUGGGACAGUUUGAUUGAAGAAGAAAAUGGAUCUCCAGAAGAGAAUAUAACGUUACACGAACCUCCGAGAAGAGUAUUAAUAGCAUUACCAGAAAGUAAAGUAACAUUGUCAGACUACCUUUUUCCCGGCGAAGGUCCGCAAGAAGCCCUUUUAUCGUUGCAAGAACUGUUAGACUUGAAAGUACAAGAAAGUAAUGUUCAAAAAGACAUAGAGCUCCAAGCCGAUCCUACAGAAUUCUACUGCCAAAGUGAAAUUGAUGUGAAACCUAUCGAUCUUGGUAAAGAUUCGUCUAGAAAUACCCAAUCUACAAUAUACAUCGCAGGUAUCGGUAUUGCAGUUAUAAUUUUGAUUAUUGCUAUCAUAAUACAUAAAUUAUAUUAAAGUAAAAAAUUAAUACAAAAUUAGGAUGGAUUUAUAUUUUACUGCAACAUGUAAAGUAUAAAUUAUGUACAUUGUAAUGCAUUAUCGUAAUAUUACAUGCACAAGAAAAAAUAUUAAUAAGCAAAAAUA